GUGACGUCACUUCUGGCGCCUGAAGGUCCCUUCGCUUGGUUCUGGGCUGUUCGUGGUGGUGCCGGUUCCGACUAGUCCUGCCACCCGGGAACCGGAGUCGGGCGCACCAUGCCCGCGGUGCUGGGGUUCGAAGGCAGCGCCAACAAGAUCGGCGUGGGCGUGGUGCGCGACGGCACGGUGCUGGCGAACCCGCGGCGCACCUACGUCACGGCCCCGGGCACCGGAUUCCUCCCAGGUGAUACGGCCAGGCACCAUCGAGCUGUUAUCCUUGAUCUACUGCAAGAGGCACUAACAGAGGCUGGACUAACCUCCCAGGACAUUGACUGCAUUGCUUACACCAAAGGUCCUGGUAUGGGAGCCCCACUGGCUUCUGUAGCUGUCGUUGCCCGUACUGUGGCCCAGUUGUGGAAUAAGCCUUUGCUAGGUGUGAACCACUGCAUAGGCCAUAUUGAAAUGGGCCGUCUCAUCACUGGAGCCGUUAGCCCAACUGUUUUGUAUGUCAGCGGAGGAAAUACUCAGGUGAUUUCCUACUCAGAACACCGUUACCGCAUCUUUGGGGAAACGAUCGACAUUGCUGUGGGAAACUGUCUGGACCGUUUUGCUCGAGUGCUGAAGAUUUCCAAUGACCCAAGUCCAGGCUACAACAUUGAGCAGAUGGCAAAGCGAGGCAAGAAGCUAGUUGAGCUGCCAUACACUGUGAAGGGGAUGGAUGUCUCAUUCUCAGGGAUUCUGUCCUUCAUCGAGGAUGCAGCACAGAGAAUGCUGGCCACGGGGGAAUGUACCCCCGAGGACCUGUGUUUCUCCUUACAGGAGACUGUGUUUGCAAUGCUAGUGGAGAUCACAGAGCGAGCCAUGGCACACUGCGGCUCCAAGGAAGCGCUCAUCGUAGGAGGAGUUGGAUGUAACACGAGGCUGCAGGAGAUGAUGGCGGCCAUGUGCCAGGAGCGGGGGGCCCAGCUCUUUGCAACGGAUGAGAGAUUCUGCAUUGACAAUGGAGCCAUGAUAGCCCAAGCAGGUUGGGAGAUGUUUCAGGCUGGACACAGGACCCCUCUCAGAGAGUCUGGAAUUACGCAGAGGACCAGUACAGAACUGGCGCUGAGGAAAUUCUUACUGGUGAGGUCAGUGAACAAGCGGGUGAGCGCCCAAGUGGCCCUCGGUUGAUGGUGCAGAGAGUUCUGAUGGCGGCUGCUUGGAGGAAGCCGUGGAGGAAGCCGUGGAUGCUCUCCUACCUUCCCACUAACAACGGUGUCCUAACUAAGAGUAUUCUAGUGCCCCUCCCUGUGAUGACUGCUCUACACCUAAUGAAUUGUGUUCACAUUCACUGAAGUAGAUAUUCAGGAUGCCCCUUAACAAGGCCUGGAAAUACCUCUAAUUCAUAACUAAAACUCCUGUCCUUCAUAAACUUUAUUGAUGUACUCCUACAAACACUUCACUGGCUAAUUUGGGGGGCACCCCAGAUAUACAAUGCCUCUGCACCAAUACAAGCAUCAGAACUACA